AUGGGUCUAUUCGGCCACAUUCGCAUCCACGAGAGCGGAAUUGACCGCAGCCUUGACACACCCACCCCGCCGAGCCCCACACCCAAUCCACCACCUUGUGCACCCACUAACCACUCCCCAGCCGACAUCGACGCCACCGACCUUACCACCCCUCACUCCUCCCCUUCCUCCUCCUCUUCCUCCAUCAUUGCCACAACGACGGCCACUCUGGUGUCUGUAGCGCAUGACUUCACCACAGCCGCACCUGACACAACAACCGGCACAACCCCUGCAACCUCCAUCAUCAGACGUGAGGGCCAGGACUACAUCCGCCCUCACUGCGAUCGCACCUUCACCACGCAAAUUGGCCUGGUCGGUCACUUGCGAAUCCAUCGCACAGAGACUGGCGAACCAGUGCCUGGAUCACCAACCUACACCCACCGCACUCGCCUCCACUGCCCACACUGCCCUCGCACCUUCACGCAUCGCAUGGGUCUAUUCGGCCACAUGCGCAUCCACGACGACCUGCGGUAGACAACCGCCGGUCACACCACACAUUCCCUCACUCCCUACCUCCUAACACCAUCACCCCACCAGACAUCAACCCCCACACACCUCAUGCACUCAACUGCCGCCUCCCACGCAAGUGGGAAGUGUGCAUCUCGACUCGGUCCCCAUGCGGUUUCGGCUGCACGGGUGACUUGUGUCCGAGACUAUCCCGACACGCCAAGUGUCGUGGAUAGGAAGGUUGCUGAUUGAGGCCCGCUCUCGGUUCACGCAGUUCGUCACGUUGUGUGUGUGUGUGUGUGUGUGUGUGUGUGUGUGUGUGUGUGUUGUGUAGUGGCGGACUGGUGGGCUGGGGAUGGGCUGAAGCAGCACCUACCACGGCCCUCUCACGCAAGUGGGAGACACGCCGUUCUACCCCCGUUGUGUGAAAUCCUGGUGUUUGUGUGUGUAUGGGGGGCCAGGUCGUGCUGUGGCGCGCGCAGGCAUGGUCAGUCGACCAUGUCAGCCACCGCGCCCAUUCCCCACUCCAGUCUACUGACCGGCUCGGACAUCGGCUGGGGUGUGGGAAUGGGAAGGCAGAGUGAGGUCGACGACUCAGCGCACUUCUCCUCACUAUAAACAAUCUGACGCGCUUGAAGCUAUCACGGUGCGCUAAAAGCCGUGGCUUGGAAGGUUGCCAACUGACGGGGUACCUUGGACCUCCUCCUUAACGGGAGGCGGUCUGAGAGUCAGGCUGCAAUGACUCCUUUUUAAUGUGGCCUUUAUGGCACUCCUACCACAGUGUAGGAUCCGAGCCAGGCGUUGGCGGCACGCCCAGGUGCGGCUUCGGCCGUGCCAGCCUCCAAAUCUCUGUUGUGUUGGUCGAAAUCCUGGUUAUUGUUGUGUGGACCAGGGGGUGUGGUGGAACUCAUAGGUGAGGAUCCGUCCGAGCCAUCCACCUGCGGCCUCCCUCGUCUCCGGUCUUCUUGACUCUGUCUUGACACCGGGCCCGGGGGGGGGGAGGAGGAGAGUUUGUAGGUAGAUGCUACGCAAGUCCACUGGCACUAUAAACCCCUGCGCAAGUCUCCGUCCCUGCUCCCGCCGCUGCUGUAGUUGUGGGGCACACGGUGGUCAUCGUCGAAAUCGACGGACGAACUGUCGUGUGUGUGUGGAUUGUGGGUGUGCCAGCGGUGGGUUCACGUGAUGGUCGUGAUGGUUUUGACGUGAUCUUUGUAUACACAAUGAUUCGGGUCUGCGUAAGGUACGAGAGAAUCCACAUGUUUGUUGAUGGAGCAAGUAUCUGAAUACAGUUCUGUCCUUAAGUUUCCUGGGCUUAGAUAAUGGCUGCCCGAAGGCCUCAUUAUGUGUGUGUGUGUGGGGUGUAGGGGUGUCCAGCGGUGGGCUCACGUGAAGGUCGUAGUGGUCACUCUCUUGCUUGCAGGUGAGACUACGCCUAGCGUCCACUUGCUGGCACUCAACUCUCACCUGUGGCUCCACGUAGCUGGGCUCUAAUCAGCGGCCACACGCCGGGCAGCCGCUUCGACCGGCGGGCUAAACCAGGUGAUGGGGCCUAGUGCCUGUUGUGCCGCGUGCACAGGCUGUCGCGGACUCCGCCGCAUGUAUGGUCGGAUGGAACCUUGCGUCGGCACCGUCGUGAUGAGGCUCGUCUGGUGCGCCGCUGGACACCCAAUGACGGGAUGGAUCUCCACAUCUACAUUGCCUUGGUGCGCCCACAAACGCCGUUGGAGACCGCGGCUUACGGGAAAUUCGGGUCGUUCUCCAUCACGAACAAGAAGUCGUGGCCCCAUAUUGGAGUUCGGCCGCGCCAAAACGGCACAUGGGCAGCAAUAUUCAGGGGUCGCACUGCCUACUCCACGAGGGGAAGGGCCUAGAAAACGUGUCCUAAACAUUGCUGGGCACAACGCACUCUGUAAACUAGCCAGUUCCGCAGAUGUCAAAAACAUGGUCGAAACAAUAAAAAGAGAAACCACCAUAACAAUAACAACAACAUCAAUACUCGCUCACCUACUCAUUCUACCUAUUCUUCCUCUUCAUCUGCCCAUUCUCCUGCCUAUUCUUCUCCUACAUCGUCUUCUUCUCCACCUCCUUCCCGUCGCCCCACUCGUCGUCACCAGACUGGCAGAGUGAGUCCGCUCACUCUGGCAGCCUAGAAUGUUCGUUCCCUUUUAGACAAUCCGAGGAGCAACCGACCGGAACGGAGGACGGCGCUAGUGGUACGAGAACUGGCGCGCUACAAGGUGGACAUCGCCGCACUCAGCGAGACCCGAUUCUCCGAACAAGGCCAACUGGAGGAGGUGGGUGCCGGCUACACCUUCUUCUGGAGUGGUCGACCCAAGGCAGAGCGACGUGACGCGGGUGUUGCCUUCGCCAUCCGGACCGACAUCGUGGGACGACUGCCCUGUCUGCCGCAGGGCAUCAACGAUCGCCUGAUGAGCCUCCGUCUGCCUCUCCGGUGUGGAGGCAAAUUCGCCACCAUCAUCAGCGCCUACGCUCCGCCGAUGACCAGCCCCGACGCCGCACGAGACAAAUUCUACGAGGACCUGCACGCCCUCUUGGCGACUGUGUCGAAGGCGGACAAGUUGAUUGUCCUUGGUGACUUCAACUCCCGCGUCGGCACAGAUCAUGCUGCCUGGAGGGGAGUGCUGGGUCCCCAUGGUCAUGAACGAUCGCCUGAUGAGCCCCGUCUGCCUCUCUUAGCCACCCUCUUCAGUCUUAUGUUCUCUAACAUUCUGAUGGACGCCCACCGUGAUAAACGCCGCCCCAUGGGAUCCGCAUCGCCUACAGGACGGACGGACAGCCUCUGA